ACCUACACACUCCCACACACACAGACCUACACACACCCACACACCUACACACACACACACUCCCCCACCACAGGCACUUGACCAGACAAUCUAUUUUCAUGCGGCACGUCUCCAGGUGCUGCUACUGCGGAGGGCCCUUGCUGGCCUUUUCCUGGGAGCUGUGAUUAAAGAGCGAUGGGCUGCUGGGAGAAACGGAGCCGACGGGCGUUGACAGUGCGGGAAGGUCGGCGAGUGCUGGUGGCAGGUCACCAUGUUCUCUAAGCCCUUCUAAAUUUAGCCCUCCCUUAGUCUCCAAGUGCACUCCAGGCCGAUGACCUGGCGUAGGAUAAAGCCGCUGUGAAGUUUGACUGAAGUCCCUUCCCUGGCCAGUGGCACGCGUGAGCACUGCUGCUACCUGCAUGCGCCACCUGCCCUGCAAAGGUUAACACAACUAAUGCAGUUUAUGGGGGAUUGCUCCUAAAACCCUGCCUGAGCAUGCCAGAGAAACACCUGACAGUUAGCAAGUCUUACAAGUAACCCUAUUUGUAUUUGUUUUUGUGUCAUUCACCAGUGAACUCGUUUUUAAAAAAAAAAAAUGUUUAAAUGAAAUGACGUAGUGAUCUUCACGGCGGCUGCUGGCUGUUCUCUUUCUGGGAAGCUGCCCUGAUGCUUUGACAGCCCCCUGCCUGUUCCCACUGAUAAGAGGCAGCCAAGCUGUGCGAUGGCACGGCCUGUUACGGCCCUGAUAACAGCAGGCAGACUGUGCACUCUGAGAACCGUUGCAACUCUGGCACGAGCUGCUAUUGCAGGCUGUCUUUAAUAGUCUGACACAGAGUGUAAGGGCAAGCACUCAGCUGUAAGAAUACUAAGUGCUCACCCCUGUGUAAGCACUUAAUACUUUAGUGGUCGAAUGCACUCUCUCAGUGGAGAGGGCUAGCAGGCUCCAGCAUUGCCAAUCUGGAAUGUUCCUUUGGAAACGCAUCGCACAGCAGAAUACUACAACAAGCCCCUUCAUACAGGCUAAAGCUGGACCGCCUGGAUGUGUCUGGGCCGGCUGUGUCCCCCAACGCGCUGUCCUGCGGCUCGGACGGGGCCUACGGCCUGGACGUGGUCGACAGCACGCCCGACCCGCAGCGCACCAAGCUGGCCAUCGCCCAGCUGCAGCAGAAGAUCCUCAAGCUGACCGAGCAGAUCAAGAUCGAGCAGACGGCGCGCGACGACAACGUGGCCGAGUACCUGAAGCUGGCCAACAACGCCGACAAGCAGCAGAGCGCGCGCAUCAAGCAGGUGUUCGAGAAGAAGAACCAGAAGUCGGCGCAGACCAUCCAGCAGCUGCAGCGCAAGCUGGAGCACUACCACCGCAAGCUGCGCGAGGUGGAGCACAACGGCAUCCCGCGGCAGCCCAAGGACGUCCUCCGAGACAUGCACCAGGGCCUGAAGGACGUGGGCGCCAAGGUCCGGCAGCUCCAUCAGUAUUGCAUACCUUACCUGUAGUGACAGGUGGCCUCUCCAGCUUCUCCCAGGCCACGCACUCGGCGGCCGGCGCGGUGGUGUCCAAGCCGCGCGAGAUCGCCUCGCUCAUCCGCAACAAGUUUGGCAGCGCCGACAACAUCGCCGGCCUCAAGGACUCCCUGGACGAGACGCAGGGAGAGGACGGCGGCGUGCCUGGCCCCGGCGCCCGAGCCCUCGGCGGAAGUGGCAGUGGUGGCGGGCAUCUGCAGUCCAGCCCCAAGUACGGCAGCGAGGACGACUGCUCGAGCGCCACCUCGGGCUCGGCCGGGGCCAACAGCACCACGGGGGCGCCCGGCGGACCGCCCAGUUCCCGUGGCAACACGCUGGAGCACGGCCAGAGCUUGGGCCUGGAGGCGCUCUACCAGGAGGUGCAGGAGCUGAGGGACAGCCAGGGCCGACUGGAGGAGUCCUUUGAGAGCCUGAAGGCGCACUACCAGAAGGACUACACGCUCAUCAUGCAGGCCUUGCAGGAGGAGCGCUACCGGUGUGAACGUUUGGAGGAGCAGCUGAACGACUUAACAGAGCUCCAUCAGAAUGAGAUUCUGAACCUGAAGCAGGAGCUGGCCAGCAUGGAGGAGAAGAUCGCCUAUCAGUCCUAUGAGAGGGCCAGGGACAUCCAGGAGGCGCUGGAGGCGUGCCAGACGCGCAUCUCCAAGAUGGAGCUGCAGCAGCAGCAGCAGCAGGUGGUGCAGCUGGAGGGCCUGGAGAACGCCACGGCGCGCACGCUCCUGGGCAAGCUCAUCAACGUGCUGCUGGCGCUCAUGGCCGUGCUGCUGGUGUUCGUGUCGACGGUGGCCAACUGCGUGGUGCCGCUGAUGAAGACGCGCAGCCGGACGCUCUCCACGCUGCUGCUCGUUCUGCUGCUGGCCUUCCUCUGGAGGCACUGGGAGGUCAUCUCGCAGUACCUGGACCGCUUCCUGCUGCACCCCAGAUGACCUGGCCGGCCGCACCUCCGCUACCGUCAUAGCCACACGCCCACCCACCCACCCACGUCCGGCUUGGUAAACGGGUGGGAGGGAGAGAGAGAGAGAGAGAGAGUUGACUCUGUGCGAGGACGAGGAGCUGAAGGAGGAAGAAAAGAAGGAAUCAGGCAGAAAGACGGUGGAACAGAGGGAUCACAGGUGAAAUGAAGGAGGAGAAGAGACUUGCACACUGCCUGACCUCUGACCUUUCGUAGAUGCACUGCUGAAGUAGGCGAGGUGGACGCACAGAGGGCACAGGGAGAGAGAGAUGACGAGCGAGAGCUCUCCCGGCUCCACCCUUUUCUCCUUUUGAGAGUGAAUUUGUUUACAUUUUAAAGGGUUUUGGACUUUGUUUAUGUUUUGAAGCCCACUGGAUAAAUCUUAAUGUUGUUUUUUUAAGUGAAUUUGAUGAGAUGCUUAUUAAUUGUUAUUUUAACUACUGUUCUUAUCAGUUUUAUGCAAAGGAUUGGGAUCUGUUUAUUUUUUAACAUUUUUUAAUUUAAAGAUUUGCAACCAUGAAAUGCGUUUGAGCUGUUGGAGUUCUCAGAGUCAGCAGAUCUCGACUUAGCCACUGCCCCUUCCUCUCCUCCCAACCUCUACUUCUGUUCUGUUCUAGUCUUUACAAAACCUCCUCCCUUCUUCUCUUGCCUCUGUUCUUUAACUCUUCACCCUAACUUGCGUUCAUUUCCCGCAUUCAUUUACUUCAAAUCUCCGAAACUGCCCCACCCCCCCGAGACGUUGACAUUGUCGUGAACGCCUGAAAGUCGCCUGCUGUGGCGUAGGUGCCCCUGGAUACUAGAUCAGGACUAUGAGACGUUUGGACUUGUGUGCCGUUUGGUUCUCAUAAGAUUACAGAAUGGGAUGAUGACCCCAGGACAUUCUCUCUGAGAAGACCCGAUCACCUCUCUACCCAUCAGCCACCAACAUCACCCCCACCCACCCCCAGGCCCACGGCUCAUGGCCCCACAUCAGUGACCUGUGCCGUGCAAAGAUGAAGUCCUACUUACAUGAACUUCACGAACAUACUUGAAGAGCCAUGGAAGGCUCAAAGACUCUCAGUGCUUCCGUACUGUUUCUUUAUAGUGACAAUGGGAAAAAAAUAGUCCUUUUUAGUUUUAUUUUUUAUUUUUUAAAAACUAAAAGAAUAAACACGCUGUUUAAAAACUG